AGCAAUACUACUACUAAAAAUAUAGAGUACAGUAACACAACAACCACAGUAUGUGGUAGUAACAGAAGAGGAUACAAGGCAUGAAACAGCACACGAAGGAGAGCUGCGCGUCGUACAUCAGCUGAGUGUAAAGUAACACCAAUACCAACGCAAGUCUGGUCGGAACAUACGCAUACGCUCGCACAUUCCAUGACAAACUGGUGCGGUACUAGAUCGAUCGACCCCCGAGAGCAGUGAAAUCUCCGCACGGCCCAUCAUUGUAGAAUCUAAUAUCGAAUCGAAUAGUUCUUUGUUACUGAUAUUGGGGUGGUGAAGCAAAAGUGAGAGCCACAAUCACGGAAGCAUCCGGGUACUAGGCCAGCCCUCAGUAUGUCUGUCCCUGUACGCUGCUAUUCUGUCGAUACUAUGAACAAUAACAUCGACCAGCAACAGCACGUCGGCAUCGGCUGUGGCAACGACGCCCGAAUGGAUGACGACGAGUCUAUGAUGCUGGCCAAGGUUCAUGUAUCAGAGGAGAUGCAACAUAAUCAGCGGAUGUUGUUAGAGGGCCGGCUUGGGACACCGGAUGCUGCUGAUGCAGUUCUUAUGGAGUCGCAGGAGGACGAUCAGGCGAGUAACUAUCACCUGACGGCCGGAGUGACUACCAGCAAUGGCAGCCACCUCACCGGAGGUGGCCCACAGGACUUGGCCGGAGCCAAGUCGCUAUCCCCACAGAAGAAACAGGCACAUUCGACAUCGCUUCUGCAUCAGCAGCCCCAAGCCCCACAGCAGCCAGCCAUGUCGUUCGAGCAGAUGAUGGCCAAGCUGAGCGAACUGCUCGCCUUGGAACCCAAGUACCAGCCGAACCUGUACCUGCCACAGCAAUCAUGCAAUGGCGAAAUCACCAUCGGUACACGUGAUGGUGCAGCCCACGUGCUGCGCUGCCUUAAGGUCUGGUACGAACUGCCGAACGAUGUCCUGUUCGCGGCCAUUAACUUGGUCGACCGCUUCCUGACCAAGAUGAAGGUCCGUCCGAAGCACAUGGCCUGCAUCUCGGUCAGCUCGUUCCAUCUGGCGGUGCAACAGCUGAACCUGCCGCAGAUCGACACCGAGGAUUUGGUCGCUAUUUCACAGUGCCGUUGCACGUCACGUGAUCUAGUGCGUAUGGCGGACAUUGUAGCCAACAAGCUCGGUGUCCAGAUGAACAGCGCCCCGGUGACAGCUCUCUCGUUCAUUCGGCUGUUCUACUACAUCUUCGAGAACGCCGCGAACGCCCUCGGGUUGACGGACAUCUUCUCGUCUGCCGUCUCGCUGGCCGACCUGGAAAUGCGUCUGGAGAUUCUGGCAUGCGAUGCCAGCUGCGCCAGCAUCCGUCCGUCGGAGCUGGCCCUGGUCAUGAUCUUCACCCAGAUGGAUGCUCACGUCAGCGCGAACAAGGAACAAGGGCUGUACAACCAGCAGAUCCACGACCUCGUGGACUACGCGAUCCAGCUACAAAAGUUCUGUCGGAUCCCCGACAGUAGCUUCUUCUACAGUCACAGUAUUGUCGCCAAGAUUCUGUCGCAGUACAACGGCCAGCACAAGAUGCCGUACAAGCAGCGAUUGGUCUGGAAAUUGUCGUCCCGCACGAUGAAGGUGCUGCGUCCGACGGACAAGCUCACCUCGUACCUGCCCACCAUCGCGGAACAUCACGCUCACAACAGUCACGUUAACAAUAGUAACCUUAGAUUUAGAACCGGCAGCGUCAGCUCGGAAGAUGACGGCGAAGAUUGGCCCACUUCACCCAUUGUUGCAGUUUGUGAACAGUUUGACGAGUAAAACCGAUCACGCAUUAACGAACACAGACACUCGCCAGCAGCAACAGCGUAGCCGGGCGGGUGUUUCGGAACAAUCGUGUGUAAUCCGUAACAGUAGUGAGUGUCGUCGUCGUCGUCGUUGAAGUCGCCGCGCGAGCCAUUCUUAUUUUGUACACCCCCAAAUCGAGGUAGAGGACCUAGAAAGUUAAAAAAAAAACUAGGGCAAUUAUUAUUGUUUUGUUCAGGCCAGCAAAAUCGUGACUAAAAGUAAUAAGUUGAGCGCUAAUUAAACAAACAGAAAACGAAUCCCAGACGGGUCGGUGAAAGAAACAGAAACUGUGAAACGGUGUUUCUUUUCUGAAAGAAGACAUUUUCUUUUCGGGAGGAAGAAACCCGUUGGUGGAACUCUUGGCGACGGUUAGUCAGUCAGUCGGUGAGUGAGUGAGUGUGACUGGAAGAAAGAAGAACGAAGAAGAUUCGCGUUCCAGCGGUGGUCUGGUGUGUCUGCUUUUAAGUGGAGAAGCAACAACAACGGAUAGUACUGUGUGGUGUAUGUCAAAUAUUCUGCUAUCGCUACAAUAACAUCAACAGUUGCAGCAGUAGCGGAACGGAGGGCGGAGUAAUCGGAACUUGCAAUAAAGAUCCGUGUGUGUAUGCUGGAUUCUUGUCGGAAGAAUCACUAUCAUUACAUCAUUGAAUAACAACAACAAACACAAGUUAAAAUACAUAAACACGCACCCUCGCGAAGGCACAGAGCGGAAACGUCGGCGGUGGUGGUAACCAGCGGAGGUUUGACCAACAGCAGCGUGACAACAUUCUUCGAAUCAAAUUUCGAAGCCUAGCUGACCAGCUGUCACCAUCUUACACAUCGGACGUGCUUCGUCGUCAGCGCGGGAGUGUUCGCUAGUAAGCAUUAUAUUUUACUAUUUUGAUUUUAACUAGAUCUAAUUAAAUACACACAUUUAAUUAAUCUAAGCAAAAGUUGAAGCAAAAUUCACAAAAACAAAAACAAAAAACAACAACAAAAAUUCUUGGGAAAAUUCAAACAAAAAAGAAUAAAACGAAAGAAAAAAGCAUAAAAGAAAAUCAAAAAAAGUACAAAAUAUACAAAACGUAAAAAAAUCUAGGACAUAGGUGUUUAAAACGUAAAACAAACCUAAUAAGCCCAAGAAGAGGGGAGAAGAUCCAGAAACAGAACGAGAAUUAUUCGAAAAGGUAAAAAUCAACAACUGACAAAAGACUUGACGAAAGCAGAGCACUGAAGAAAAAAAAUCUCACAGGAAAUUACAGUGACGAGAAACUUCAACAGAGAACAGUUUAUCACAAAAAAAAAGCCAGUACUGAUUGUGUUAUUAGAUAUUUUACGCAAUAAAGCAAGCAAAACAUACCGUUAUAUAAUAAAAUCAACAAAACAGAAGCAAAACACUUAGCUUGUGUGAUUUUUUGUAGUGGAAUUUCUCUCAUUUUUCUUCUUAAAAAUCAGUAAAAUUCCGAGCAAGUUCCUUCCGGAGCUUGAAUCCCGAUUCCCAAGAGGCUAAACUACCGACCAGAGCAAGCACAAGAGUAAUCAGGAUUCGAACCCGGCUGGCACGGACAUAAAAAAUCUUCUUAUAUUAUCAAACAAUACACACUAAAAAAAAAAACACAAGUCAAAAACCAUAAAAAAAAUCCGUAAAAAAGUCAAACCAAAAAAAGCAAGUCAUUUCAAUCUGUGUAGUAGUGGAAAAUUGUCUAAUCGCUUUCUAUAUAACAAAACGGAAAACCGAAACCCGAACAAGUUCUUAAACCCAACAUAAACAAAAGAAGCAGAGGAAAUCAGUAGAGAAUUAAACUACAAAAAAAAAAUAGUUAAUCAAAGCAGUUGAACCAGAACUCUGCAAAAGAAGCCCGCAGCGUUUUUUUUGUGUGUUUCGACGUCGUCGUUGUUAGUAGAAGUAGUAGUUGUGAGACAAGGAAAAACAAGAACAAGUCAAGAACAAAGCGAAACAGGAAAAUCUCUUUUUCCACGUCCAGAACAAUGCUGAACAUCGUACUGAUCGUGGUCCUAACGGUGGCCGGACCCGGCCGUGGGGGUCCACCGGCAGGCCGUGGCAAAAACAAGAACCCUUCGUAACGACGGUGGGGAUGGGGUGUUUGAGUUUCCGAUCGCCCUAGCACCAGUCCCGGACCAAUACGCAACUCUGGCACCCGCACCCGUGUUCCACAGUUUCCCGCAGGGAGUUGGCUCCCUUCCCGCCAAAUUGCGGAAGCAAAACCUCUGUUCUACCAUAUAUUUUUUAUCACUGUUGUCUGAUCUCGAAUACUUCCUGAUUUGAGUCGGAGGACGCUGCCCGCGGUACUGAGAAAAGGAACCUGCACGGAGCCUGUGUGGGACUGGCUGGAUCGGAAACUAAAACACUCCAUCCCCGCCGAAUCGUGCAAAAAUCCUUUUAGUUAAAUGGAGAAACGAUGAAACCAAUCUUGUCUCUGAAAGUAUAAAAAAAGAUUAAAAAACAAAAAAGCAAACUGAAGAAUAUAGUAUUUUAACUAUUAAAUAUUAAUUUAUAAAGCAAAGUUAUUGUGAUUCGAUUUAUUUAAAAAAUAAACUCCGUUUCAUAGGAAGAAAACGAGCGGGAACGCGAAGCAAACUUUAAGCAACAGAGAGAUUGCAUAAAAAGGUUAUCUUUUGUGUAAUUGACUCCGUUACUUUUUUUUUAGAAAGAGCAAAACAAGGCAAACACUAUUAUAUAUACAUAUUUGUGUACCUUCCUUUCUCCUUUAUAUUUUUUUGUAAAUUAUUUUCCUGUUUUUAAACAAUUUAUUUAUUUAUCAAACAAA